UAAACUCAGUACCCAACACUACCGAAUACCGAAUGCGCGCGCUCCAAGAUCGCACCGCCCGUCUAAACCUACAGCCGUCGCCUUGCAAAAAUAUUAAAAAACAAAAUUCGAGGUGUGUUCCAAAAACAAAUUAAUAAAAUGGCGCGGGCACUAUUAAACGUGAAUAUAGUGUAAAUAUGUAAUUCAAUUUGAGUGGACUUACGUGUUAUUUUGUGUGUGUUGUGUACAGAUUGUGUUUCCUAUUAUACCUUCCAAAUACCUUGGGACCAAACCGUCGCAAAUUCCACUAGUCUAGUAUCGCGUUUGUAAAUUUAUACCUUCCCUAAUUCUGUGUGUAUAUGGAAGUGACGAAUUCUUUCAAGAAGACGUGCGGAGGAGAAACCAAUAGGUUAAGAUGAGUACAGAAGAGGCAGAUACAACACCAACGCCCACAGCAGCGCAGCCAGAUGGCACGGGUCCCCUCAUUCAAGUCCCCGUGGCCCCGCGGAAGCCAGCGCGUCGGGGCCUCAAAGUACAACCCGAGAGACCGAAACGGGCACUCUUUUGUCUCACCCUUAAAAAUCCCUUAAGAAAACUCUGCAUAGAUAUUGUUGAGUGGAAACCGUUCGAGUGGAUGAUCUUAACGACAAUAUUCGCGAACUGUAUCGCGCUCGCUGUCUACACCCCAUAUCCUGCGAGUGAUUCGAAUUAUACCAACUGGGUUCUUGAGAAAAUAGAAUAUAUAUUCCUAGUGAUAUUUACUGGCGAGUGCGUGAUGAAGAUCAUAGCUUACGGGUUCGUUAUGCAUCCGGGCUCGUAUUUACGAAACGGAUGGAACUUACUCGACUUUACUAUAGUUGUUAUAGGCAUGGUAAGCACAGUACUAUCAAGUAUAUUCAAGGACGCGUUUGAUGUGAAGGCUCUUAGGGCCUUUCGAGUGCUACGGCCGCUCAGACUUGUCUCCGGAGUACCAAGUCUGCAGAUAGUGCUCAACUCAAUAUUAAAAGCAAUGAUACCGUUGCUCCAUAUCGCGUUGUUGGUGAUUUUCGUAAUCAUCAUCUACGCCAUAAUUGGGCUGGAGCUUUUCUCCGGAAAAAUGCACAAGUCUUGCUAUAGUAGACUCACAGAUGAAAUAAUGGAAACUCCUCACCCCUGUGACGUCGACAAUGGCUUUAAUUGUUCCCUACUUGGUGCUGAUAUGGAGUGCAGAGACGGGUGGAUUGGACCGAAUUUUGGCAUUACAAAUUUUGAUAACUUCGGCUUGUCUAUGCUUACUGUCUUCCAGUGUAUUACGCUUGAAGGAUGGACAGAUGUUAUGUAUAAUAUUCAAGACGCAAUGGGAAACAGUUGGGAGUGGGUGUAUUUCGUAUCUAUGGUAAUUCUGGGCGCGUUCUUCGUCAUGAACCUAAUUCUCGGUGUGUUGUCGGGUGAGUUCUCAAAAGAAAGAGAAAAGGCGAAGAACAGAGGUGACUUUCAAAAGCUCCGGGAAAAACAACAGUUGGAGGAAGAUCUGAAGGGCUACCUUGACUGGAUCACGCAGGCCGAGUAUUUGGAACCUCUCGCUGAUCAACAUGAAGAGAUAAUUCAGAAAAGGGAUUUUGGAAUAGGACAAACAACAACAGACCACGAUUCAACGGACCAUUUAGGAAUAGAAACUAAUGAGCAACAAAAAGUGUCAAUUGGCAAAUUAUGGAAAAAAGAUUUUGAUAAAGUGAACCGGCGUAUGAAACGUGCAUGUCGACGCGCAGUUAAAUCGCAAACCUUCUAUUGGCUUAUCAUAGUGCUCGUGUUUCUCAACACUGUCGUUCUAGCAAGUGAGCAUUAUCACCAGCCCCAAUGGUUGGACUAUUUUCAAGAGUACGGAAAUGCGAUGUUUGUAGCGUUGUUUACACUUGAGAUGUUGGUGAAGAUGUACAGUUUAGGAUUACAGGGUUACUUCGUGUCACUGUUCAACCGAUUCGAUUGCUUUGUGGUUGUGGGUUCGAUCAGUGAAAUGGUGCUCACAAAAACGGAAGUGAUGCCGCCCCUCGGUAUUUCCGUGUUACGAUGUGUGCGCCUGCUUAGAGUAUUUAAAGUUACCAAAUAUUGGCGAUCACUCUCCAACUUGGUAGCCUCUCUUCUUAACUCGAUCCAAUCCAUCGCCUCUCUUUUGCUACUACUGUUUCUUUUCAUCAUGAUCUUUGCUCUACUUGGAAUGCAAGUGUUUGGCGGCAGAUUCAACUACGACCCGGUUGUAGAAAAGGACCGGCAUAAUUUUGAUUGCUUCUGGCAGGCAUUGCUAACAGUAUUUCAGAUCCUGACAGGUGAGGACUGGAACGCAGUAAUGUAUGAAGGCAUUAAAGCAUACGGCGGUGUUGGUACUGUUGGCAUCGUCGCGUGUAUAUAUUUUAUUAUUCUCUUCAUUUGCGGAAACUAUAUACUUCUGAACGUGUUCUUGGCCAUUGCUGUUGAUAAUCUGGCUGAUGCUGAAUCAUUGACUAAUAUUGAAAAAGAAGAAGGGCAAGCACCAGAGGAGAAAGAAGGUGGAAGCGUAGUAGCAACAGAAGGUGGACAGAUUGACACUGAUGAUGAAUACAUUCACGAUGAAGAUGUGUAUACCAGUGACAAUUCGGAGAGGGAAUAUGAAGGUUCAGACGGUGAGAACCAAGAUGAGAUGGAAGGAGAAGAGAUAGAUGACAGAUUAGAUGAAGAAGAAGCAGAAGAAAGGCUUGAAGAAGAACAGGAACAGGAAGAUCUUGAUAUAAUGGAGAAUCAUCAACGAAAUCAUAUAGUCAAUACAGAGUUCGAGGAUGAACCACGUUUGAAACGAAAGCCGACCACGUCAUCGGCUCGACCACGCAGGCUCUCUGAAGUAGAAAUCCACAACUCUGCGAAACCGAUCCCCGAUGCUUCCUCAUUCUUCAUAUUUUCCAAAACCAACAGGUUUCGUGUGCUCUGCUACAAGAUGUCAGCAUCGUCGACGUUUGGCAAUAUCAUCUUGGUGUGCAUCAUGCUCUCAUCUGCCAUGUUGGCUGCUGAAGAUCCGUUAGAUGCUGCUCAGAAGGGAUUUAGGAACUAUCUCCUGAGUCAGUUCGACAUCUUCUUCACGGGGAUUUUCACGCUGGAGUUGUUCCUGAAGCUGGUGACGUAUGGUCUCAUCCUGCACCAGGGUGCCUUCCUGCGCUCCGCUUUCAACGUGCUUGAUAUGCUGGUUGUCUGCGUCUCACUUAUCUCUAUGAGCUUUAAGUCUGGUAGUAUAUCUGUGGUGAAAAUAUUGCGAGUGUUCAGGGUGCUGAGGCCACUUAGGGCCAUCAACCGGGCCAAAGGUCUUAAGCACGUUGUGCAAUGCGUGGUGGUUGCAAUCAAAACGAUCGGCAACAUAUUAUUGGUAACGAACUUACUGCAAUUCAUGUUUGCGGUCAUGGGAGUACAAAUGUUCAAGGGUAAAUUUUUUAUGUGUAAUGAUAUAUCCAAAAUGACGAAAGAUGAAUGCCAGGGGACGUAUUUGGUGUUUGAAAAUCGUAAUUACGUGGUAAGAGAUAGAGAAUGGAAGAAAAAUGAUUUUCAUUUCGAUAAUGUUAUGAAGGGGAUGCUCACCCUUUUUACAGUAUCUACUUUUGAAGGAUGGCCAGGGUUAUUGUAUGUAUCUAUAGACUCAAAUGCUGAAGAUCGUGGUCCUAUUACUAAUUUCCGUCCAAUUGUUGCUGCGUACUAUAUUAUUUAUAUUAUUAUAAUCGCCUUCUUCAUGGUAAACAUAUUCGUCGGUUUCGUCAUAGUUACAUUCCAAAACGAGGGUGAGCAGGAGUACAAGAACUGCGAGUUAGAUAAGAACCAGAGGAAUUGUAUUGAAUUCGCUUUAAAAGCAAAACCUAUUAGGAGGUAUAUUCCAAAGCACCGUAUACAGUACAAAGUAUGGUGGUUUGUGACUUCCCAGCCAUUCGAGUAUGCCAUCUUCGUUCUCAUCAUGAUCAACACAAUCACACUUGCCAUGAAGUACCACAACCAGCCCGUGGAGUACAGUAAAGCGUUGGAUAUGCUGAACAUGAUCUUUACCGCGGUGUUUGCUCUGGAGUUCAUCUUUAAACUUGCGGCCUUUAGAUUUAAGAACUAUUUCGGAGAUGCGUGGAAUACGUUCGACUUCAUUAUAGUCCUUGGUAGCAUCAUAGACAUCGUCGUAUCACAAGUAAACGAACUUAAAAACCAGGGAAGUGGUCUGCCAAGAACGCAUGUUGUUAAGGAAAGCUCAAUUCCAUCGAUAAAUUUCUUCCGUCUGUUCCGUGUCAUGAGACUCGUCAAGCUGCUGUCAAGAGGAGAGGGCAUCCGAACUCUGUUAUGGACCUUCAUAAAAUCCUUUCAAGCCCUACCCUAUGUGGCUCUCCUUAUUUUGAUGCUGUUUUUUAUAUACGCUGUAGUCGGAAUGCAGGUAUUCGGUAAAAUAGCGAUAGACGACGAAACGCCAAUAACGAGAAACAAUCACUUUCAAACAUUCCCACAGGCGAUUCUAGUAUUAUUCCGAUCAGCUACAGGUGAAGCAUGGCAAGACAUAAUGAUGGGUGUUUCCCCGGAUCCCGAUGUAAAAUGUGAUGAAAACUAUAGAGAUGAAGGGGAAGAGGGGACCAGUAGUGAAUCCUGUGGGAGUGUUCUAGCUUUUCCCUAUUUUAUCUCAUUUUACGUGCUGUGUUCUUUUUUGAUUAUUAAUUUAUUCGUGGCAGUCAUUAUGGAUAACUUUGACUAUUUGACUAGAGACUGGUCAAUAUUGGGACCACAUCACUUAGAUGAAUUUAUAAGGUUAUGGAGUGAAUAUGAUCCUGACGCAAAGGGUCGAAUAAAACAUUUAGAUGUAGUGACGUUGUUAAGGAAAAUAAGCCCGCCUUUAGGUUUCGGCAAGCUAUGUCCUCAUAGAGUAGCCUGUAAGCGUCUAGUCUCUAUGAACAUGCCACUUAAUUCAGAUGGCACCGUGCUCUUUAAUGCCACACUCUUUGCUGUGGUCAGAACUUCACUAAAGAUCAAAACGGAUGGCAAUAUAGACGAUUGUAAUACUGAAUUGAGAGCUGUAAUAAAAAAGAUUUGGAAGCGAACCUCACCGAAACUGCUGGACCAAGUUGUACCACCACCAGGUGAUCCCAACGAGAUCACCGUUGGAAAGUUUUACGCAACAUUCUUAAUACAAGACUAUUUCAGAAGGAAUCACGCGUUCAAAAAGCGAAAGGAACAGGAGAUGAGAGCUAGUGCUGGUGGCGAAGUGGUUCAGCAGAUGACGCUACAGGCUGGUUUGAGAACCCUGCAUGAAGCUGGUCCUGAACUGAAGCGAGCUAUCUCCGGAUGUCUAGAUGAUGUUGAUGCUAACUUAGACUUACCAAUGCACCGGAGAAAUCACUCACUUUUCGGCGGCGUCUGGUCAAGCAUUCGACGACAUGGACCCAAUAGGAACUUAAACAGACAACGGAAACCUGGAGAUCCUCCAGCAGAAGGCGUCGGAAACCAUCUAAGUUCGAUGAUGCAAAAGGAAUAUGGAGUUGGUCCUCUGCCUUUAACGCCAAAUUUAGCAAAUGGGCAACCCAAAGAACACAUACCAAUGCGUCCGCUGAUACUCAAUGGGGAGUCAGAAAAGAUUUAUCAGGUGUUAGACAAUCAGCGGUCAAACUAUCCAGAAAUGCUGGGACAGAUCGGGCUGGCGUUUGGCUGUGUCAAUUACCUGUCGACCCCGGAAUCAAGCAAAGCACCUACCAAUCGACAAAAGGUUCACCCAGAAGACAACGCAUCUAUAGAAAAACUUACAAUACCACGGAAAGCGUCGCCCGAAGAUAAAACACCCUCCCCUAUAACGGAUACGAUACAGCCAAAGAUUUCUCCGUUACUGGCAGGGGAGAUAACGCCUGCUUUAGAGUCGAAGACAAUGACUCUGUACGGCUACAAUGCAGCAGCAAAACUGCCGUUUGCGUUUUCACAUGCCCCGUGCAUGCAGCAGCAGCGGGCUAGUAGAGGAGGAGAGAGGAGAAGUCUCCGAACAAUUCGGCCAAUGGCGGCAGGUCGGAUGGUGCGCAGCGCGUCUUCGGGCGCUGCCACGCAUGCGCAGCACACGCGUCAUGUAGAUCGCCCGCAUUCGCCAGGCGGAGAUAGUGCUGGGCGUGGUGUGAUGUCUCUACCAGGCAGCCCUCGCAAUAGUUCAUCAGUGCCAGUUGUGGGGUCUGCAGAAAGCCUUGUAACUAGGGUUUUAACAGAACAAGGACUUGGAGAAUAUUGCGAUCCGGAAUUUGUAAGGAAUACAUCUAGGGAAAUGCAAGAAGCGUUGGAUAUGACACAAGAACAGAUGGACAGGGCAGCGCACCAGUUAAUGAUACAAGAGAGGAAUAUAAAACUCGCCCAAAACCAACCACAAGUUGGGGACAUUUGGACUGUUAUAGGGCGACAUCCUAGCUCGUCAAUACCAUCCUUUUCACCAGCCCGCGGCUCCACCACUCAAGCGGUUAUAGCACCGACUGACACUCGGCCUAGCGCCAAACACCACAGGACCAAGCGAAAACGGAAGCCUGUGCUCGUCUAAACUAGACCUUGUGAAUAUUUUACUUAUAUACACUAGGUGGUCAUGCUCAAAUUUUCGUUAAUUUACUCUUAGACUUUUCGAUGAAUUUGUUUGACUCGACCAGGCGGAACAAAUUAGGUACUAGGUAACUGUGUCAACAGUAUAAAGUGAGAUUCGUAGAAAUUAAAAUAAUUAUAUAGUAAAGGUUAAAUAGAUGUAUGUAUGAACUUAGCAGGAUUUUGUUUUGAAAUUUGACGUAAUCUUUAGAAUUUGCAAUUAAAUUGUAAAUAAAGUUAGCUGAGACUAUCUUAUUCAGUUUCUGUUCUUAAUAGAAUAGACUCUGACGCUGUUGUAAGAACUGAACAUUACUAUCAAUGUUAGUAAAUUCCAGUAGACACCAAUGCUAAAAAUACUGAGUUGCAAAUUCUAUAUAAAUAUUUUGAUUUUUAAAACUUCUAUUGGUAGAUUUAAAAUUUGCGUUAAAUUCAAAAAUAUACAGUUAAUUUAAAUAUGAUAUAACAGUAUUAAAUAUUAGCUAGGUAUUAAAUUGUUUGGCCUGAUCUAUAAUAUCAAAAUUGAUUUUCCCUUGAUAUUGUCAGACUGAAAGUAGUGUUGCUAGAAAUUUUGAUUUAUUUUUUAUCUACUCCUAAUCCAUAUUCUAAUUCAAAAGUCGAAUGACAAUACAAAACUUGAAGACUUUAAAUAAAUUUUAUAGUUCUUUUUAUAUGAUAUUAAACAAUCCUACAUAAUGAUUCUUCCUUUUGGGUUUUUUUUUUGUUAGAAAUUUACCCAUACUAAGAUAAAAAUGUUUACAUGGUCAGCAGAAAUAAAAAAUGAUACCUUCUAAAACUGCCUAUUUAUAAAUUAAACAAAAAUAUGUUGCUUAAAGUUCUUCAGAAUUUUAAACUUACUUUACUGUCAAUGAAUACCCAUAAGGUUUGGCUUGUAAAAAUAUGAAAGACAGUAGAAUUUAAUAUUAAUUUAAGUGGCAUCAAUAUAGUAUUCUAUUGUAUUUAAAUGUAAAAAGAACAUGAUCCAGUUUGACAAGCAUAUUCAAAAUUGUACUUGCGACAC